AUGAGUUUAUCUCCUGGAGGCUACACAAAGAACUUCCGCAAAAGAAAGCAAGAUUGUCGUUCACAUGAGCUUGAACACAAAAAAACAGUGCCAUACAAUGUUGAAAUGAAAGACUGUAAGAUCGUUGUGUUUGACAUCGAAACGACCGGCCUAGCAAAAACGGAUGAAAUAGUUCAGAUCGCUGCAGCCUGCGGAGAUAAAUCUUUUGAUACUUACAUAGUGCCCAAAAAGAAUAUGUCUGAAGCAGCCUCGGGAGUAACUGGCAUACAAAUUGUUAAAAACGAAAUGCUUGUUAAUAAGAAAGCUGUGAUUACGGUUACACCUAGGGAAGGUUUCAUAAGCUUCCUACAUUUUUUGAAGUUCAUGGAGAAACCAUGUAUAUUAGUAGCUCAUAAUGGCAAUUCAUUUGACAUUCCAAGAAUACUUGAAUUAGCUAAAUCUGUAAAUCUUAUGAAGGAAUUUAUGAUGUUUGUGAAAGGAGCCUGUGAUUCUCUACAUUUAUUCAAAUGUAUAUUGAUUGAUAGAAAAAAAGAGAAGUUAUCGUUUAAACAAAGUGAUUUAGCAAUUAAAUACUUAGAUAAGCAUGACGUGAAGAAUGCCCACAAUGCGUUGAAUGACGUUCUAGUAUCACAAAAAUUAUUGAAUAAGAUAUGUAAGGAUAAGACUAUUCUUGUUGAAAAUACCAAAAGUAUUGAAUUUAUAUUGAGUUCUAAGGCUAGAUUACAAAAAACCAAAGAAUGUAAGCAAUCGCUAUUGAAUCUAAAGCUGUCAAAUCAAAUGAAAGGUAAAAUUGCAAAAGCAGGUAUCAACAAAGCAAUCCUCCAAGAAGCUUUUAAAACCGGAGGCUUAGCUGGUUUAACUAUAUUGUUAGGAGAGAAUGUGAAUAACAAACCAAGAGUUACCACAAAUAAAAAAAUUAUUAAAAGUAUUCACGAUUAUUUAGCAGAGCCAAAUGAAACGAGCAAAUUACCUGUAACUUCUUAG